GCAUGUACUUGGUGGCCCAGGAAGGCCAUGCCAUGCGUCCAUAAAUAGGAGCCCCCUAUGCUGCAAUUCUUCCCUGUUCUCUCCUUCCCUCUCCUACCCCUCUUAAAACAAGUUUCUGUAGCCAUGAUGUCCGUUUUCCCCGCCGGUAUCCUGCCCGUACCGAUGCCCGAAAUCCCGCUUCCCUCGUUCGAAACCGACUUCAUGCCAUGGGGUUGCGCGGAGCCUGAUCUCCUGGCAGCCCAUUCUCCCAAACCGGUCAUCUCGAGCCCCUCCGGCUCCGACGAAUCGACUCAGAACCACCACAACUCGAGCUCCAAUAACUCCGAUGACCAGAAAACGGGGACAACAUCCUCCAUCAUGGACGAGCGCAAGCGGAGACGGAUGAUAUCGAAUCGGGAGUCUGCCCGGAGGUCGCGCAUGCGUAAACAAAAGCACCUGGAAAACCUAAGGAACCAAGUGAACCGGUUAAGAAUCGAAAACAGGGAACUUACGAACAAACUGCGCUUCGUUCUCUAUCACUGUCACAGGGUGCGGACCGAUAAUGACCGGCUCAGGUCCGAACACUUCGCGUUACUACAAAAGCUUGCGUCGUAUAGCGAAAUUAUGCUCUUGCAGCAGCAUCAGCAAUUCGUUCCGGCCGCAUGGCCAUGCAAUGCCCUAAUUUCAUCGGAAAAGAUUCCGUCGUUAAUCACAUAAUCUAAGAUAAAUAAGUAUAAACUCGAUCGUUAAAUGGUGAAAGGUGCAUGUAUAAUUUAAGAAGCACCAUGCACUCUGUCUCUAGAUCUGUAAUUAAGAGGCUCCUAAGUUUGGAAGAGCAUUUGGUAGGGGGUUUUUCGUGAAUUUUGGAAAAGUAUUUGGCUGUUUUGGUAAAAGCCAGAACCUUAAUUAUUAUUAUUAUGUGUAAAAGAAUUGUUUAGUGCUUUGCUUUUCAUUAAAGAAAGCAGUUUCUUUUCGUUUUGCUUUGUCUUUAUUUAUUGCUCCAACCAGAAAUAGUUAGUUCAAACUCCACUUUCACUUA